CCCAGACCUUUGCAAUGCUAGGAGGAUGAGGGCGGAGACCUCGCGGUCCCCAACACCAGACUCCCGCCGCCACCGCGCCCGGUCCCGCCCUCCCCACUGCCCCCCCAGCUCCCCGAUCCAGGCGCCCCGCCCGGCCAGCUCCUCACCCGCCCCAGCCGCGACUGUCUCCGCCGAGCCCCCGGGGCCAGGUGUCCCGGGCGCGCCACGAUGCGGCCGCGGCUGUGGCUCCUCCUGGCCGCGCAGCUGACAGUUCUCCAUGGCAGCUCAGUCCUCCAGCAGACCCCUGCAUACAUAAAGGUGCAAACCAACAAGAUGGUGAUGCUGUCCUGCGAGGCUAAAAUCUCCCUCAGUAACAUGCGCAUCUACUGGCUGAGACAGCGCCAGGCCCCGAGCAGUGACAGUCACCACGAGUUCCUGGCCCUCUGGGAUUCCGCAAAAGGGACUAUCCACGGUGAAGAGGUGGAACAGGAGAAGAUAGCUGUGUUUCGGGAUGCAAGCCGGUUCAUUCUCAAUCUCACAAGCGUGAAGCCGGAAGACAGUGGCAUCUACUUCUGCAUGAUCGUCGGGAGCCCCGAGCUGACCUUCGGGAAGGGAACUCAGCUGAGUGUGGUUGAUUUCCUUCCCACCACUGCCCAGCCCACCAAGAAGUCCACCCCCAAGAAGAGAGUGUGCCGGUUACCCAGGCCAGAGACCCAGAAGGGCCCACUUUGUAGCCCCAUCACCCUUGGCCUGCUGGUGGCUGGCGUCCUGGUUCUGCUGGUUUCCCUGGGAGUGGCCAUCCACCUGUGCUGCCGGCGGAGGAGAGCCCGGCUUCGUUUCAUGAAACAAUUUUACAAAUGAGCAGAGAAUACGGUUUUGGUGUCCUGCUACAAAAAGACAUCGGUCAGUAACAAGCACGAUGUGGAAAAAUGAGAGAAGGGACACAUUCAACCCUGGAGAGUUCAAUGGCUGCUGAAGCUGCCUGCUUUUCACUGCUGCAAGGCCUUUCUGUGUGUGACGUGCAUGGGAGCAACUUGUUCGUGGGUCAUCGGGAAUACUAGGGAGAAGGUUUCAUUGCCCCCAGGGCACUUCACAGAGUGUGCUGGAGGACUAAGAAAUGCUGCCCAUGCCACCGCUUCCGGCUCCUGUGCUUUCCCUGAGCUGGGACCUUUAGUGGUGGCCGUUUAGCCACCAUCUUUGCAAGUUGCUUUGCCCUGGUAGGGCAGUAACAUUGGGUCCUGGGUCUUUCAUGGGGUGAUGCUGGGCUGGCUCCCUCUUGGUCUUCCCAGGCUGGGGCUGACCUUCCUCGCAGAGAGGCCAGGUGCAGGUUGGGAAUGAGGCUUGCUGAGAGGGGCUGUCCAGUUCCCAGAAGCCAUGUCAGUCUCUGAGGGCUUCCUUUGGGGCCGGGAACUUGCGGGUUUGAGGAUAGGAGUUCACUUCAUCUUCUCAGCUCCCAUUUCUACUCUUAAGUUUCUCAGCUCCCAUUUCUACUCUCCCAUGGCUUAAUGCUUCUUUCAUUUUCUGUUUGUUUUAUACAAAUGUCUUAGUUGUACAAAUAAAGUCCCAGGUUAAAGAUAACAAACGGCUCCUGUGACAUAAACAUGCGAAAGCCCAUCUACAGCAAAGACAUCAAUGCUCAGUGGAACAGAAACCAGAAGGAGAAAAUUUGUACAUCCUCCUUUUGCACCUGAGAUCCUCAUUUGCCCGACGUUGUAGGUGUGGAGAGUCCUAGAGAGGCUAGGAAGCGCCCAGGGCACCCAGAGCCAGGCUGCAGGUGCCUCAGGCCCAUCUCUCAGCCCACUCCCAAGCUGAACUAGCACGUGUUCAUUUCUACCGCGGCUUGAACCGCAGGGAUCCCUGGCUUCAAGUCAGGCACCAAACAGAAGGUAGGAGGCAUGAGGGGUUCUGUCACAUGUCUCUUCAUUUUCUUAUUGAUUCUUAGCCUUGACAGUUGGAGAAGGAAAAAGCAAGGAGAAAGUGCUGAGCAGGAGUGGAGAGUGAAGAGCAGGACCUCGUGCCUGGGUUUGAAAAAGUGCCUGAGACCCAUCUUAGCCGCCCCUACCUGAGCUUUAGCAGCCUAGGAGCUAUUGCACCAUAAAACACUGCAACCUGAGGCUGCAUUAACAGAAGCACCACGUCCAGGUCCAAGGAGAAUCCAGCCUCACCUGCUUUUCCUGGCCAGCUCAAAGGACAUUGACAAAUCAGGUUAUGUUCAGUUACCUGUGACAACCACAGAAUGUAAGAAAUGUUACAAAAAAAACAGGAAAGGAAAGACGACUCUGGGGAAGGGGCAGUGUGACCUUCUCCUGGCAUCUGGGGUGCGGCCGCAGCAGAAUGAGGUGUGGUGGGUGGAGUUAGAAAGGCAUAGAUGCAGUGUUACCGGAAGGAGGGCCUUGAGUGUAAGUCGUCCAGGUCCUUGGCAUUUUGAACAAAGAACUGAACAAAACGUACAAAGUAAUAAAGGAAUAAAAGCAGCAAAAGGAAGAAUUUAUUGAAGUGAGAAAGCACUCCACAUGGUAGGAGUGGAACCUAAGCAGAUAGCCCAUGGGCCCAAUUGCAAAGUUUUCUGGGUUUUAAGUACCCCUUUUGAGGUACCUGUCGGCUACCCCUUAUCUGGGUGAAGGAUUUGGUCCAUGGCUAAUGAAAGGCUGAGGUGAACUGACGCCCUAUGCGGAUGAAGGGAUGGCCCGUGCUUGGUCUGUGGUCAAUCCAGGGCAGUCUCCCUUUCCAUCUGAGAUGCAGUGGAAGGGGGAGGGUUGUAGGGAGAGUAGCCUUUGAUCCUUGGUUACUCAGUGUGGGGAGAUGGGGUUUUUCCUUUUGGUGUACGUUAAUUGGCCCUAGAUGCCCUGCCCCCAGACCCAGGUGUUUUCCGUUUGCUCCAGCUUUGAGAAGACAGCACAAAUUGGCCUCAGAUUCCCUGCCCCCAGACAUAGAUGUUUCUCCUUGAUUCGGCACGAAUUGGCCUUAGAUUCCCUGCCCCCAGACCCUAGACUCCUGCCUCAGCAAGAGGUGUUCAAAAGAAACAAAAGCUCUGCCCAUCAGCUCUGAGGACGAGGGACAGGCUGCCUUCCAAGGCUGAGGGGAGGGGUGAAAGAAUUGGGGUCAGCUGGACCAGACUCCUCUAGGGUUCGUGUUUCAGGUGGGCCCCUCACCCGGCCCAUCACAAACAAAUAAGAGAUUAAGGCCUGCAGUGCACGUGGUCUGCCCUCCUUGAAGGCUCACACCCAGUGCACAGCGGAAGUAAGAACAGGCCACAAGGCCCCUUGUCCCACUGCAGGCUUUGAAAUUUGACCGUCUCCCUGCUGCUGUCUUUGCAAUUGCAUGUACUUGUUCACAAGUUCUCAUGGGGUUGGGCUGGGGGCAGGGGUGGUUUGCGCUCCUCCGGCAGUUUUCUGUGCAGCAGGCACCUGCCGAGGCGGGCUCAGCUCCGGCCGCCCAGGGAGCUGGAGCAGGCUGGGCUGCCAAUGGUGGGGGCUGCGGUGAGAAGGUCUGCACCCAGCACCUGACCUUUGUUUGAAGAAGGAACUGAGCUGCUACUACACUCUAUAGGGCCAUUAUGAUGAAAUAUGCCCCCCAAACUCCAUCCAGCUAUCUUUUGACUAGCAAUUCCACUUGUUGGCAUUUAUCUGAAAGAAAUACAUCAAAAAGUGGCAUUCACAAAGAAAUAUGCAUCAGAUUGUUCCUUCUAGUGCUGCUUACUAGCUAAAAAUGGGAAAUAAUCCAAAUGUCCAUCAAAAGGGACUGGUCAGAUAAAUUCAGACACAGUCUAAUAAGGGGGUUUAGGCGGCUGCUAAGGAAUGAGUAGAUCCAUAUAUGCUGAUAUCAAAUGAUGGUUAUGACAAAUGCAUAUAUUUUUAAAACAUCUGUAUAGAUUAUUCUUAAUACAAUAUAUGGUGCAAUAUGUAGUCACUGUUAAAAUUCAAGCACAGAAGAAAACAAGCAAAACAAAUAUAUGUUGUUAGAAGUUAGGAUACAGUUACCCUUGGUCCAGUGGUGGUCAUUAGGAGGGAGCAUGAGGUUUGAAGGUGAGCGUUUCUGCUUCUCAAUCUGGGAAUCACUUAUAUGAGUGUGUUUCGUUAGUAAAAGUCAUCAAGCUGUACACUCAGAUAUGUUGACUUUAGAGUUAUGGAUAUAGAUGUAAAUUAUACUUCAAGAAAGAGACUUUUUAAAAUCCAAGUACAGAACAUUGUAGAAAUGUGUAAAAUUGGUAUUUGGAAGUUUCUUCAGCAAGCACAUGGGAUUACAGCUCACGCCUGUAAUCCCAGUACUUUGGGAGGCCCACACAGAACGAUCACUUGAGCUCAGGAGUUUGAGAGCAGCCUAGGCAACAUAGCAAGACCUCGACUCUACAAAAAAUUUUUAAAUUUUUUUCUGGGCAUGGUGGUGCUUGCCUGUAGUCCCAGCUAUUAGGGAGGAUGAGGUGGGAGGAUCUCCUGAGCACAGGAGUUUGAGACUGCAGUGAGCUGUGAUCACGCCACUGCCCUCCAGCCUGGGCAACAGAGAGAGACCUUGUCUCAAAAAUAAUUUUUUUCUAAAAAAAGUUUGUUUUUUUUCUUCCCAUAUUUUUUAAAACAUAAAAUUGAAAUCUCGAGAAUAUAAUACAUAAAAUAGAGAAUAUAGAAAAUUAAAUCUUCUAAUAUUGUUCUGCAGAUUUGAUCUUUUUUCUCUAAUAAUAAAUCAAGGCCUCCGGGUAUAUUUGUUUGUAUAUGUACAGGAAAAGGUCUGUAAGGAUUUACUUUCAGCUGUUAAUUGCAGUUACUCUGGGGAAUUUCCACUUCUGCUUUGUACAGUUCCUUGUGUGAAUUUUUACAUCAUGUAUUACUUUUGUAGUUGGGGAAAAAGCAAUUAAAAGUUUGG